AUGCCAAAGAACACCAAGGUGACCCAGCGGGAGCACAGCAAUGAGCCGGUCACUGAGUCGGUGGCUGACCUGCUGUCCCUGGAGCACCCCAUGGACUAUAAGAGCAGUCAGAUGAGUAUGGGUCUGAGUCCUGGCUCUACUGCCCCAGUGAAGGCCCUGAUACCCUCCCCUGACCCGGACGCAGAGGACGGCCGACCAGCCUGGAACAACAAGCUGGAGUACAUCCUGGCCCAGGUGGGCUUCUCUGUGGGCCUGGGUAAUGUCUGGAGGUUUCCCUAUCUGUGCCAGAAGAACGGAGGAGGUGCAUACCUGGUGCCCUACUUUAUUCUCCUCAUCCUCAUCGGCAUCCCCCUGUUCUUCCUGGAGCUGGCAGUGGGUCAGAGGAUCAGGCGUGGCAGCAUCGGGGUGUGGAACUACGUCUACCCACAGCUGGGCGGCAUCGGGGUUUCCAGUCUGAUGGUUUGUGGUUUUGUGGGCCUCUACUAUAAUGUGAUUAUCGGCUGGAGCAUCUUCUAUUUCUUCCAGUCUUUCCAGUAUCCACUGCCUUGGGCUGAAUGCCCGAUCCAAAUAAAUGGAACCCAAGCCAUCGUGGAGCCGGAGUGUGAGAAGAGCUCGGCCACCACUUACUUUUGGUACCGCCAGACUCUCAACAUAACCAGCAGCAUCGACGACACGGGUGGCCUGAACUGGAAGAUGACCCUCUCCCUGCUGGUGGCCUGGAUCUUGGUCUGCCUGGCUGUCAUCAAGGGCAUUCAGUCCUCUGGGAAGGUGAUGUACUUCAGCUCUCUCUUCCCGUAUGUGGUGCUUUUCUGUUUCCUGGUGCGUGGUUUGAUGCUGAAGGGAGCAGUGGACGGCAUCGCUCACAUGUUUACCCCUAAGUUGGAAAAGAUGUUGGAGCCACAGGUGUGGAGAGAAGCAGCCACCCAGGUCUUCUUUGCUCUCGGUCUGGGCUUCGGAGGCGUCAUUGCUUUCUCAAGCUACAACAAGCGAGACAAUAACUGCCACUUUGAUGCAGCACUGGUCUCCACCAUUAACUUUGUUACCUCCAUCUUGGCCACUUUAGUUGUGUUCGCUGUCCUGGGGUUCAAGGCGAAUAUCAUGAACGAGAAGUGUGUCGUCGAUAAUGCAGAGAAGAUUCUAGGCUUCCUAAACACAGGUGUGCUGAGCAAAGAGCUCAUCCCGCCCCACAUCAACUUCUCCCACCUGUCCGCCGAGGACUACGCAGAGAUGUACGGCGUCAUUAAGACGGUGAAGGACGAGAGCUUCGGCCAGCUGGGCCUGGACGCCUGUGUGCUGGAGGACGAACUCAACAAGGCAGUUCAGGGCACUGGUUUGGCGUUCAUCGCCUUCACAGAGGCCAUGACACAUUUCCCUGCCAGUCCCUUCUGGUCUGUCAUGUUCUUCUUCAUGCUCAUCAACCUGGGUCUGGGAAGCAUGAUCGGCACCAUGACCGGCAUCACCACACCCAUUCUGGAUGCUUUCAAGAUCCGUAAAGAGAUCCUGUGUGUGGGUUGCUGCAUCAUAGCCUUCCUGCUUGGCCUGCUGUUUGUGCAGCGUUCAGGGAACUACUUUGUCACCAUGUUUGACGACUACUCGGCUGGUUUGCCUCUCACUGUGGUUGUGAUCUUGGAGAACAUCUCUGUGGCCUGGAUCUACGGCACUAAGAGGUUCAUGCAGGACCUGGAGGACAUGCUUGGUUUCAGGCCGUACUCUUUCUAUUACUACAUGUGGAGGUACGUGUCGCCAGCUAUCCUGGUGGUGCUCAUUAUCUCCACUGUCAUUGAGAUGGCCGUCAGUCCUGCUGGAUACAAUGCCUGGGUGGAGGCUGAGGGCGCCGAGCGUUUCCACAGCUAUCCCCCCUGGGCUUUAGCCAUGGCCUACUCCCUCAUCGUGGUGGCAAUGCUGCCCUUGCCCCUUGUCUUCAUCGUCCGCCACUUCAACCUGAUCUCAGACGGCUCCAACAAGCUCUCAGUCUCCUACCGCAAAGGCAUGAUGAAGGACAUCUCCAACCUCGAGGAGCAGGACGAGCAGCGCUUCAUCCUCAGCAAGAACCCGAGCGAGGCUCCUUCCCCGAUGCCGGCCCACCGCGCCUACCUCGGCCCCGGAGGCACCCAGGAGAUGACCAACACAAACUACGGCACCAGCACCAAGACGGGCUACCAGAACAUCGGCUCGCCCGAGUCUGAGCUAUGA